AUGAGGCUAGUGUUCUUGAAUCCGCGAUCCAAGAUGGCUGGCCUUGUGAGAAAGUCCAUUGACUGGUUUAAAAUUGCUUGGGCAAGGGAGCCCGUACUAUUUAUGUCAUGUGUUUUUGGAAUAUCAGGUCCAAUAUUUGCACUGGUCAGUCCUUGGACAAAGGAUACAGUUGCGACAAUGAAAUCAAUACCCCAUGUUUACCCAUAUCCUCAGUUGGAAGAUCAAGAUUUGAGUGAUGUUGACAGCCAUGGAGAUAAUAUUUUCAAGGUUAAAUAUCUUUUUUGACAGCCCACCUGUUCUGAGCAGAGAAAUCUGUUAAUUUUUUUCAACUUGUACAAAGAUGGUCAUUCAUGUUUGAUAAUUUCCUGCGAUUGAGACAUGGUAGAAAAGCUUGUUAAGGCAGAUUUAAGAUUUGAUCAGUUAAAUGUAAACAUAUUCCCCAUUGUGUGAAUGUUUGUUAAUUACAAGCCACUUCAAAUAAAGUCAAACCUCAGUGUUGGCAACAUUA